AUGCCUUCAGAAGCAAACCAAGAAUUCGUGCGAGAAACCCUUGAAGAAAUACUGAUUGACAUGGAGGACAAGUCGUUCAAAACCUCGGAGCCCGUCGAGGACACCUGGCAUGUCGUUCGUGCUCUCGACAAGGAUUCAGGAGACCCGUGCGACACCGCAAGAAGUCACCCCUCGACAACCCAGGGUUUGGUCAAGCAGUUUGAUGGGUCGAUUGCUACCGAGGACGGCGGCUCUGAGCCUAAUCCCUCGACUGUCAACGCCAUGAGAUCCACGAGUCCUUCACACAACAAGAUGGUGGCCCGGGAGGAAUCUCCCCCAAAAGAAUCCCAGGUGGUUCUGAAGAAUAUGCCACAAGAGACGCCACAAGACACCGCUGCUGGCAUCAAGACUGAUGUGAAGAUGGGGCUUAAAGUGGGUGAGACUGGCGUGGGCAAGAGCACCUUCAUCAAGAACAUGGCAGGGAGUUUUGGGUGGGUGGCUUCCAGGCUUGCUCAGCCUCAGCAGGGCAGCGUCCAUGGCCGCGUGCGCACAUGCAAUGCCCAAAUCAAGGUCAGCCGGUGUGAGACAAGUGUGGAGUACGAGCAUGAUAACACCAUCUACCACUUCUGCUUUGAGGAGCUUUCAGGAGCAGUGGAAAUCGUGUCAGCUCGGGUGAAAGAGCAGCUUCAGAAGCACAUGAAGACAGAAGGCGCCACCUGUCCCAAGGCCUGCCAGUGCGAUGACCGCUUCGACGCCUGCUUGUACCUCAUCCCGCCCCAUUCUUUCAAGAUGGCAGAGGCGAUCUUCAUACGAAAGUUGUCUCAGCUUCUGCCUGUGAUUCCCAUAUUGGCCAAGGCGGAUGCUAUGACAGACCACGAGAUGAAGAAGAUGCAUGAGCGGGUCCUUGGAACACUCAACAGAAUCCCCGCUUGCAUUGGCAGUUCCACCGUAUGUGGUUUGGAUAAGCAGGCCUUAUUUGCUGCCGGUCUGGUGCGAGGUCCACCAUUUGCUAUCACUGCUGGCACUGACAUGGACACUAGUGUGGACAGUACUCUGUUGACCUCAUUCGGCAGGUCGGAGCUCGUGCGCAAGUACUCAUGGGGCGUCUGCACAGCAUCCACCAACUCAGACAUGCACGGGCUGAGGCAGCUGUUCUUGGGCCUAGCUCUACGGGGCAUGAAGCAUACGGAGAGCAAGUAUGGGGCUUUCCGUAAGAGGGCAAAAAGGUGGAAGUCACAAUUUCAGGCCUUUGAGAGCUUCAAGGAGCAGGCCUGUGCAUUUGAUCUCAUCGUCUUUGCCACCUUUCCAGAGCAUCACCUGGCACUGGCAGAACACAUCGCAGCGCAAGAGUGCGGAAAGCAGCGCAUCGUGGGUGUUGUGCACAAUCCACAAGAGCUGCAUGCAGCAGGUGUGAAGGGCCUCAUAGAGAGUGUUGGCAUGGAUGUGCUGGCGCUCGCCCCACACACAGUGGAGGAGUGCAGGCGGGCACUGCACCAGGGAUACCUGAACGCCUCAGUGCAGUUGUUUGUGCCGGUGUUCCCUGUCAGCCUGGAGGCGCCUGCAUGCACGGAGAAGCAGAGGAACUACAAUGGCCUCUUUGAGAGCAUUCUGCAACAUGGAAGCCUGAUGCAAAAUGACUACUUUGCGCUGCGUUUGAUUGGACGAGGAGAUGUGGCCAUCCCUCCUGGCCUGCUUGGCAAGAUUGUGAAGGAGCCAGAUCUUGCGUACCCAGAGUACUACAGAGCAGUGCAGGAUGCAGUGGCGGUGCUGCCAGCCUUUGCAUCGAAUGUGUACUAUACAUCCAAGGCUUCCUCGACUGUCGCAACAGCAAUCACCUGUGGCACCCCACUGCUGGCUGAUGACGAGCUGCUGGCAGCCUACAGCUACCUGCCCAAGGACGCAGUAUUCCUCAAGGAUCCUGGUGAGGAGGAUGCUGCUUGCAUGGCGCGCAUUUUGGGCAUGCCUGCAGAGCAGCUGCAGGCAAAGAGGGCGGUCAUUUCUACUCUGCUGGAGGAUCUGUACAUCCAGAAUCGCUUGGUGGUAGACAGCAUCUUGCAGGCUUUUCAUCGCAAUGUCAUGAAUCCCAGCUCGGUUGAUCAGGCAGAGUGA